AACCUGGUCUAAGAGUACGCAUCCGAUAAGAGUACGCAUCACCAGAAGCCGUGAAGUUGUUUAUGAUGCGGGGCUAACUUCAGUCGUAUUUUGAUGUCAACUGUGAUAAGAAGUGCUGUGCGAAAAAAAAAUCUAAUCCGGAAGAAAACACAGAAAUUACGUAAGUUUGAAGAUUUUUGCUUAAAAUCUAAUAUAUUUUUUACAUUUUUCAAGUAAUUUUGACACAAGAAUGCAAUUAUUUUGUAAAAAUGAAGUACACUGUGGAGUUUUCAAGGACGAGGCCUAGUGCAUGCAGCUAGCGUUAUUCCGGUCGAUGCCGAGAGAUGGCGUUGAAUUCAGCUCAUAUACAAUUCGGCUAGAGUGUGUAUGAGUACGCAGUUAUGUACCGUAUAUGAGUACGCGCGUACUCUUACACGCGACUAUUUUUAAGUUUGUUUCGUUAGUGUAUUUAUUUUUUAUUAGUUGCAAAUAUAUAAAUAAAAAUAUAAUAUGCAAUAUGUAAUUUGUAGGUAAUUGUUCAUGUUUUACACAGGAUGUCAAGACGUCAGAGAAAAAGCGAAAGAAGUCUUUGUACUCCAGAGCAGUGGCUCAAUGCUAAGACACGCGUCGAGGCAGGUGAAUCAAAGAGGUCAGUUGCUAAAUCAUUGGGGAUGCAUGAAGCCACUUUGCGGAAGAGACUGAGGAGAUCGUCUCCAGCUUCAAGCUUGGGCAGAUACUCCCAAACCUUUUCCUAUGAAAUGGAAAUAGAGCUGUGUAACUACAUCAAAAAAGUGGAUAGUAUGUUCUAUGGAUUAACCUCCCAAAAAAUACGAGAAAUUGCUUAUAAUUUUGCUGAAAGGAAUGGAUUAGAACAUCGCUUCAACAAAGAAAAAAAAAUGGCAGGUACGGAGUGGCUUCGGCUUUUUUUGAAACGGCACCCAGAUUUGUCGUUACGUGCACCAACCUCAACCAGCGUUGCUCGUGCAAUAGGUUUUAAUAAGCCUCAAUGCAAUCGCUAUUUUGAAAAUCUGGCGAAGUUGUUAGACACGUACAAGUUCCCUCCACAUGCAAUUUAUAACAUGGACGAGACCGGAGUCUCUACAGUGCCAAAUAAAGUUCCGAAGGUGAUAUCUAUUAAAGGGAAGCGUUGCGUCAACAAGAUUUCCAGUGCUGAACGUGGCAUCAAUGUGACACUCGUGAAUGCGGUCAGCGCUGCAGGGAAUUUUAUUCCACCAGCCUUCAUAUUUCCACGAAAACGUAUGAAGGCCGAGCUAUUGGAUGGAGCCCCACCUUCCUCUAUAGGAAUGGUGUCAGACUCGAGUUACAUGAAUAGUUCUUUAUUUGUAGACUGGUUAUCACAUUUUAAAGACCACGCAAAGCCUAGCAAAGACAAUCCAGUAUUAUUAAUACUAGAUAAUCACACGUCACACUGCACCUUAAACGCGGUUCAUUUCUUCCGAGAAAACCACAUUCACGCCCUGACAAUUCCACCUCACAGCAGUCACAAAACUCAGCCACUUGAUCGCUGCAUCUAUAAUAGCCUCAAGAUUUUUUAUGCAUCAGAGUGUGAAAAAUGGAUGCGUAACCAUCCUGGUCGAGUAAUAACCGUUUAUCAAAUUGCACAAAUAUUGACUCCAGCUUACCUUAGAGCAGCUACUCCCGCAAAUGCCAUACAGAGCUUCAAGAUAACCGGAAUCCAACCUUUCAACCCGGACAUUUUUGGAGAAGAAGAUUUCUUAGCUAGUGCAGUAACGGAAAGGCCACUAAUAGAAUCUCAUGGAACACAGAUUUCCCAAUCAGCUGAUGAGCUACCAGAAAAUAUGCCUUUGACAGAAUCCUGUGAUGAACAGAUUGCCCCGUCGGUUGAUAACUUAGGACAAAAUCUACCUUCAAUGACAGAAUAUAAUGAAGCAAACAUUUCCAAACCGACAAAUGAUUUGGUACAAAAUAUAGACUAUGGGAAUAACGCUCCCUGCAAUUCUCCGCAGCCCUCGUGCUCAACAAAUUAUACGUCUGUUCAGCCGUUGGUUGAGAUAGAAAGAGUGCGUACACCACCUGCCUGUUCUAUCCAAAGCAUGGAAUCGCCUCAUGUACCCCUCGAAGAUGUAGUGCCCCUACCACGAGCUGAAUUUCUUUCAAGAUCUAACCGCAAAAGGGCAAAGUCAGAUGUUUUGAGUGGGUCUCCAUACAAACUGGCUCUCGAGGAGUCUAUGGCUUCAAAGAAAGUGCCAAAGAGUGUCCCAAAACCAGAUUUAAAAUCACUUCCUAAAAAGGCCAAAAAACUUUUUAAAGUGCCAAAGAAAAUGCCAAAAAAAAAGGUUUGGAGAUGCCCAGGAUGUACUGAAAUCUAUGUAGACCCCCCCGCAGAAGACUGGAUAGGAUGCUCAAAAUGCUCCGAAUGGUGGCAUGAGGCAUGCACGACCUAUGAGGGUCCAGGAAAUUUUAUUUGCCGCCUCUGUAAUUUAAAAAAAAAGUAACACACGACCCGCGUACUCUUAUCGACGUACACGCGUACUCUUACCCACUAGUACUUGUAAGAGUACGCAAUUCCCAUUAUUGAUUAAUUUAAUUAUUUUUAGCGAUACAACGUAAUUUUGCCUUUUUUUAUGUUAUUUUAUGAAAGAUGUUUAAAUUGUAGACGUAAUAAAUGCUUAGUGGAUUACUAGACUUCAUUUUGAUUUUUUUAGAAUAUUUUGAACCUUAAGUGCGUACUCCUAAACCAGGCU